GUAAAUUAGUUGAAACAAUAAAAAUGUCCAAAAGGGGGGGGGGGCUGUGGGGGCCCUGGCCUCUACCCAUGCUACUAACUACCAAAACCGCCGAUCACCCAACUCUUUGUCCAUUACCAAGUUUGCCAUGGCGUUGACUCUGAAACCCAACACUUUCCACCUCCUUCAAUCUCGUAAACCCGCUAACCCAAACCGCCGAUUGCCCAACUCAAGCUUUAGUCCAAUUCAAUCUCCCAAUAGAACUUUCAUUUCCUCUUCCUACAAUCCCAACUUUUCUUCUUCUUCUUCUUCAAUUGAAGCUCUGGACGAAGCUCGAAGACUGGCCCACGAAUUCGAUCCCAAAAUCCCUCUCCAAGAAGCCCUCACGCCACCUAGUUCCUGGUACACCCACCCUUGCUUUCUCUCUCUUGAAUUCGAUCGCGUCUUCUUCCGAGGCUGGCAGGCUGUUGGAUGUACGGAUCAGAUAAAAGAAUCUGGUUGUUUUUUCACUGGCAGGUUGGGAAAUGUAGAGUAUGUGGUAUGCCGGGGUGAUAAUGGUGAUGUUCAUGCCUUUCACAAUGUGUGUCGCCAUCAUGCCUCUCUUCUUGCCUUUGGAAGUGGGAAAAAAUCUUGCUUUGUGUGCCCCUAUCAUGGUUGGACUUAUGGGUUGGAUGGAGCACUUCUAAAGGCAACUAGAAUAACAGGAAUACAGAACUUCAAUGUUAAUGAAUUUGGACUUAAGCCGCUGAAAGUAGCUAUUUGGGGACCAUUUGUCCUGCUCAACAUGGAACAGAGUUCUUCUCAACAAGGAGCUGAUGGAAAAGCUGUAGCAAAUGAAUGGCUAGGUAGCUCGUCAGAGAUACUGAGUACAAAUGGAGUUGACUCUUCCCUGAGUUAUGUUUGCAGACGAGAAUACACCAUUGAAUGUAACUGGAAGGUUUUUUGUGACAACUACUUGGAUGGUGGUUAUCAUGUUCCAUAUGCACACAAGGGUCUUGCUUCUGGUCUUAAGCUCAACUCCUAUUCUACAACAGUAUUUGAGAAAGUUAGCAUCCAACGAUGUGGCAGCGGUUCAGCGGAAACUGAAGAUAAGAUUGAUCGACUUGGAUCUGAAGCACUAUAUGCUUUCAUUUAUCCAAAUUUCAUGAUUAAUCGGUAUGGACCUUGGAUGGACACCAAUCUAGUACUUCCACUAGGACCCAGAAAAUGUCAAGUUAUAUUUGACUAUUUUCUUGAUCCUUCCCUUAAGGAUGACAAAGCUUUCAUAGAGAGAAGUCUAGAAGAGAGUGAGAGAGUGCAGAUGGAAGAUAUCAUGUUGAGUGAAUCUGUUCAGAAGGGCCUUGAAUCACCAGCGUACUCUACCGGAAGAUAUGCCCCAUCUGUGGAGGAAGCCAUGCACCACUUCCACCAUCUGCUGUAUGAAAACCUUACAAAUUGACUGCUUUUUCUAGUUAAUGUAAAUUUCCAGUUGAUAACCAACUUUCAGGUUUCUGCCUCUUUGCCCAUAUUCCUGUGUACUAUCAUAUCUAUCCAUUGGAUACUGUGUUUUGGGGGAUACUGUUUCUCAUGCUCUUAAUGCUUUAUUAAGAUGUGUCUACGAUUUUGAGUC